AUGAAUCUCGGUGAAAAGUACGAAAAGGACAUUCCGAAAAGAUUGCAAAAUGACUCAAUUUUUGUGGAAAAAGUGGCAAUCAACAGGCAGCGUUCGGUUGUGUACGUAAUAACCACGGAUAAGCGACUGUUUGAGGUGCGGGAACGGGCGAUUUUGUGUCAGGUACCGCUCGUGGUAAAUGCCGCUGACGAGGAACACCAUCCUCCGCAUAUAAACAACUCCCGGUUAUUCAACGAUACGCCGUGCGAGAUGGAAUAUACGAGCACCGUGAUGGACUGCCACAGACCGUGUAAUAUUAACAUCAACAUUUUUCGUGCAAAUGAUGGAACAAAGCGGAAACUUUUCAUUCUCGUUCAACUGGACCGAUCGUUGGUAGUGGUCGAGCGUCGCAACAUAGACAGUUGUGAAGGUAAUGGAUUGUUAGUGAUACAUUCCCGAUUCGCAGAGUUCCGUCAACUUGCUUACGUAGAAAAUCCUCAACGCGCCGGAAGCUGCUCGGUUCGAAUAGAGUUAGACGAUCGAGAUGUGCCGAUAGUGACGGAUUUUCUGGACGGGUGUUAUGGACGGGCUGGAUCGAGUGCCCUUGAGGACAAUUUUACCUGCUUCGAUGAGGUGCUGAAAAUUUUGCGUGAACAAACUGCAGAACGUAAAUCACAACUAGAAAUGGCCCGUUUAACCGUGAGCGAAAUCUUUAACGGGAUGAACGAACGUAUGAAAAUGGUUCCACCGCUGCUCCGAUCGUCUAAUCCGGAAGAAAAAGUCCCACUCGUGCGUUACGGUGAGUUGUGGCAAAAGAUCCACAACGAUCGUUUGCUGAUCGGUGUUCCACUGUACAACUGUACGUAUAAGCGGCGAUUAACGUUAAUUAAUCUUCGAUUGCUGUUGCUGACCCAAAAUGCACAUGCAGUUCCUUUCUCCACUCGGUUCUAUCGGCUCCGGGAUGAUGAUUACAACUUUAAAUCUUACCAGGAAAUUAUGGAAAUGGUAGACACUAUCGAAAACAAUCACACCUUUCAGCAGGAAUGGGUGGCCAGUAAGCAAAAUGUUCUACAUCCGGAAGAAUCUGCAAUAUUUCUGGCAAGUUGUGAUUUGUCCUCGCUGAUUUCUCUUGGCUUUGGUUUUCAAUUCAACUGCUUCGUCACCUACAACAUUGAAACAUACGAUACGGAAUGUGAUGAGCUGCAGCUGAACGCGGGUUCGGUGGAGCUGCAGCAGCAACAACUGUGCAGCUCAGAGCUAUGGGUUCAGUUUCGUAGCGUGUCGGAAUUGAGCCGUGAUUUGCUAGCAGUAAUGUCCACGUCAGAUUUUCUAGCACUGGAAGUCCGAUACAAGCGUGAACCCAACGUUGCAAUGAAGGAGUUUUGUGUCGGUAGAUUGGGUUUUGCGGAAGUGUUAUCGACCAUUGUAAAUCAAACCGUGCUGUACUGCGCUGAUAAUACGUAUUGGCAGGGUACGAUGAUAAGAUUGGAUCGAAUGGAGGAGAAGCGCUUACGGAUGAAAUUAUACAGCAGAUACUCCCAUCAAAUAAUGACGCUUCUGCAAUCGAUAUACGCCGAUUAUGAGGAGACUUGCUCGAUCGAUGUGUGUGCGUCCAACCAGAGUACCACAGCGCAAGAACUAAAGCAACGGCUUUUGGAUGAAUUGCAAAGCAAAAUUGAACAACCAAUGCAGAAAAACGUAUGCAUGCAGAAGGAAUUCAGUACCGAUUUGGUUUAUUGUUCGUUAGACAUACGGAAUCCACGGGAAAGCGAUAUUGCAUCUAGUUGAUGUUAACCAGAUCGUUUCCGUCACCAUUUCCACGAUUGUCGAUUGCAACGUGCACGUUCACUAUCGCUGGAUUGCGAUUUAUCAGGAUCGGCUCAUCAUCGUUCUCAUCGUCGGCUUUCGGAUGCUCUGGGGUCAGAUAUGGCUCGGGGUCUUUAACGUGCUCAGCGUCCUUAAGAAUAUCGACGUAGAUAGACACGGCGGGAUUUUCGUCGUCCGGCACGUAAUGUGCAUUGCUCGAUAUAACACUAUUACCAUCCGGGACUAACGCCGCUUUGUUGAUGUCCGAUGGUGAUGGAAUUGGAUUAGCUAUUGCUAGCGAAACCACCAAAACUAAUACCAGAAACAACGAUUUCAUGUUGGUUACAGUUACAGUUCAACAAACUUUCACAAGGUUUCGAUUAGACACUUAAGUUUCUGCAAAGCAGGUAAAUCGAUUUUGGCUAAUUGAAGUCACGAUAUCGAUAAAAGUGGACAGUCAUAUCGUCUACGCUUUUAUAUGAACCGUAAGUUGUAAAAGGAAGAUGAUUUGUUAUCAUUUUAUUGAAUGUCCAUGAUGCUAUUUUUGCGUCCUGGGCCGAGUAGAUAAAAGAGAGAUAGGAAAACUGCAUUCGUUAGGGAAUUAUGAAAUGAUCCC